AUGUCGUCUUGGAAAUAUAGUAAAGAACGACUUUUAAAACAUGAAUAUUGUGCACAUAUUAUUAAUGCUAAAAAGGUUAUAUGUAUUUGUGGCAAAACAAUCAAACUUAAUAGGCGGUAUGAAGAAGAUUACUUAAAUCGUCAUGCAAAAAGCUCUGGCUGUAAAGCAAAAGAAGGUCAAAGGACAAUUUACAACUUUUUUAAACCUGUUCAAGUUGAAAAUAUGGAAACUCCAGCUCCAGCUCCUGCUGAAGCACUAACUCCCACUGAAGCUCAGGCUCCCACUGAAGACCAGCACUGA